AUGGCGGCUGUAAGCGGCCCCGCGCGGCACUCUCGCGUUUCCAUGAGUGUGUCCAUGUCGCUGAUGCAGGGGGGUGCGCAGAGCGCGCCGCAGGGCGCCAUCCUGGCGGCAGCGGCGCCCUAUUACCAGACGCCGGCCAUCCCGACAGACGUUCAGCCCGACCGCCCUAUCGGCUAUGGCGCCUUCGGAGUUGUAUGGUAA